GUUUAAAGCUGUAGUCCGCUUGCAGCUGGGAGGGGAGAAUGCCGACGGAGAAGCGCUUGGAGGUAACGCCGCUUCAAGGGAGCGCGGCAAUGCAGGACUAGGCGCAGCAGCGGGCAUCGAUUUAUCGAGAGAGGAAAGGUGCACGCUUGGGAGGAGACGGCGGCUGUUCUGGUGUAGGCCGGGUUGCAUCAGGCACAGCUGCCAGAUGAAGAAGGCGUUUGGCAACCCCAAGGAAGGCCUCAUAAACAAGAGCGCGAAGCGAAGGUGGGAUUCAGCCGGAAUCCUUUGAGCGGAGGCCGUCAAAGGGACCCACGGAUGCAGUCAACCUCUUCAACCACAAAUUAACUUUCCUGGGCUGACCGAUCCCUCUACGCAGAGCACGAUGGGUACCACAGAAGCCACGCUGAGGAUGGAGAACGUGGACGUGAAGGAAGAGUGGCAGGAUGAAGACUUCCCCAGGCCGCUCCCGGAAGAGGCGGGAAUGGAGUCUUUGGGAAGCCAGGCCGAGAACGCAUUAUCUCCUCCGAACACGUUAAAUUUUGGUAACGGGGCCCAUCACAAGCGGAAGACGCUCAUCGCCCCGGAAAUCAACAUUUCCUUGGAUCAGAGUGAAGGCUCGCUCCUGUCGGAUGAUUUCCUGGACACGCCGGACGACCUGGACAUCAACGUGGACGACAUCGAAACCCCAGAUGAGACCGACUCCUUAGAGUUCCUGGGCAACGGGAACGAACUGGAAUGGGAGGAUGACACUCCUGUGGCCACGGCCAAAAACAUGCCGGGAGACAGCGCGGACCUCUUUGGAGACGGCGCCGUGGAAGGUGGCAGUACCACCAAUGGGCGCUUGUGGCGGACGGUCAUUAUCGGCGAACAGGAACACCGCAUCGACCUCCAGAUGAUCAAGCCGUACAUGAAAGUGGUGACGCACGGAGGUUAUUAUGGGGAAGGGCUCAAUGCCAUUAUCGUUUUCGCGGCCUGCUACCUGCCUGACAGCAGUCUGCCUGACUACCACUACAUCAUGGAGAACCUCUUUCUGUACGUGAUCAGUAGCUUGGAACUACUGGUAGCGGAAGACUACAUGAUUGUGUAUUUGAACGGUGCCACACCACGCCGGAGAAUGCCGGGGAUUGGCUGGCUGAAAAAAUGCUAUCAAAUGAUCGACAGAAGAUUACGGAAAAACCUGAAGGCGUUGAUAAUCGUCCACCCAUCGUGGUUCAUCCGGACAGUGCUAGCUAUAUCACGGCCGUUCAUCAGUGUGAAAUUCAUCAAUAAAAUCCAGUAUGUCCACACUUUGGAAGAACUCGCACAUAAUAUCCCGAUGGAGCAUGUCCAGAUUCCAGACUGUAUCCUACAGUUUGAAGAGGAGCGGAACAGAGCCAGAAAAGAAAGGGCAGAAGAGAAGCAGGGCAUGGCGGAGAGAGAGAGGCCUGCACUGCCAGCAGAAGACCAGGAAACAAGCAUGUCGUGAACAGAGACGCAAGGACACGUGGGAUCUAAAGAAUGACCUAGCCCGAUGUAUUACCCACUGUAAAAUGACUUUCCUCGUGAUCAUCUCAUCCUCAGCCCCAUCAGUAUAAGAAGCCUGCCUCCUCACCUCUGAGAGACAAAGUCACCCAAAGGACGUUCCAGCGUACAAGAGUCCCAGCGGACAAAUAGCACUUCCCAGGAAAGGCUCUGAGCUCUGAAGUCUCAACUCCACCACCGCAGAGGGUUAUUCUCUGGUGCAAACAUUGAAUAGUUUAAAAACGACAUCGCUGGGAUAUGAAGGCAUCCAGAUUGAAAAGGAGAUCUCGGUAAUGUUGCAAGGCUCUUUCCUUUUCGUUGCUGCAGGCCAGCACAGCUCUG